AUGGCGCGCUGGAUCGCCAAUGCAGGCCCGGCUGGUGUGCCGCUGACCUUGGCGACGAUCCGCGAGCAUGUCGCCAACAUGGCUCGCGGCAUGUCGCUGCCUCCUACCUUCCGCUGCUCUAUUGGAUGGGUCCGUCGUGCCUUGCGCCGCCAGGGUGUAAGGUGCAUUGCGGCUUGUGGCGAGGCGGCCGACCAGGACCUCGCCGCCGUCCGUACGACUCAGGAGAAGCUGCCGCAGCUCCUCAUGCAUCUCUCUGUCAGGCCGCGCGACACCUACAAUUUCGACGAAACCGCCAUCUACAUUUCGGUGCUGCCCCCCAAGACGUACGGCGCCAGCCGUGUGGCGGGGAGGAAGGAGGUCAAAGACCGCCUCACCGUCGGCUUCCUCGUCAACGCCGACGGCACUCACUCCUUCCGCCCGUUGGUGAUCUCCAAGGCUAGGCGUCCCCACGACUUCCGCCCCGACUUCGACCCGGAGGAAUUUUGCUACUGGCGCAACACCGCCAAGGGGUGGAUGACCUCACCGCCCCUCGAUCAGGGGCUCAUCGCGAUGGCGAAGGCGCGCUACCGGCAGCAUUGGCUCCGUGCCUUCACCGCUCGCUGGAAUGCCGAUGGCGCAACUACCCGCCUGGCGCGCUUCAAGCCCAAUCUCCGCGACGUCGUGGCCUGGCUCAACGACGCGUGGAUGAAUAUCGAGCACCGCACUAUUCAGAGGUGCUGGUGGCGCACCGGCAUCCUCCCGCGUGCGUGGGCAAUGGAGCUUGCUCACGUGGGCGACGACACCGCUGGAGCGGGCACGGCCGCGGACAUCGUGCUUGACGAGGAGAUUGGGGACGUAGGCAUCCUCAUCGAUCGCCUCGGACUCGGCACGAGCGCCAUGCCGGCCGCAGAACUGGUUGCCAUCGACGACAACCAGCCGACAUGCGCGGAGCCGGGAGAGGAUCCGCUCGCGACCGAGCCACCGCGCGGCACCUCCGCUGAGACGUGGGAGGCCCCCGCCACCAUGCAAGCUGUCUAUGACGACAGCAACCCCGAGUCACGCGAGGCACGGCGCUACGCUCGAGCGGCCUCCGAGAUGCUUAUUGGCUACGCGAAGGCGACAUGCAUCACCCCGCGCGACCUGUGCGCGCUCUUUGACAUCUGCAACCCCAUCAUCAGGGCGCGGAUGGAGCACGCCAGCCCGCCGAUUAACCUCAACAUGAGCCCCCCGCCAUCCGCGGCUGAGUGCGCGACGCCCCCGGCCGAGACACCUCGUCGCCGUGGCCGCGUCCUGCCCGCGUGGAUGACGGAGCCCACCCCAUCGUGGGUGACUCUUGCCCAGCAGGCCGCGCGCCGCCAGGAGCUGAUUGACGGUGGUGCGCCGGCCGUCAUGGGAGGUUACAUGGCAGCAGCCGAGUGGAUGCGCCUGUGA